AUAUACUCUCCUAGAUCGCGACAGUAACGGUUUGGUUCGAAUUUCAAGACUUAUUUCUCAAUUCGUCGUUAAUCAUGGGUUUUUGUGUCAACGGUGUUAUCCUUCUGUUAACGGCUGCUGCGGCUACGGAUGCGGCGAAGUUGCCAAGUAACUUCGGGAGAUGCAGUAAAAGUGACCCCAAGAUGCCAGAAUGUUUAAGGGCCAACGUCGAGGACGCCAUACAAAAACUGAAAGAUGGAUCAUCGGAAUUGGGCCUGAAGAGAUUCGAGCCUCUGGACAUCCCCGAACUGAUAAUAGGCGAAGGAAAAGGUCCCGUCAACGUAGUCCAACAUUUCAAAGACGUAGAACUGUACGGCUUGACUGGAUCUAAAGUGCAGAGAGUAAACUUCGACUUCGACAAGAAAGAAAUGCACGCUAGAUCCAUCACUCCCGAACUCAGACUACAAGGACAGUAUUCCAUGAAGGGAAGGAUUUUGCUUUUGCCCAUUGUGGGGAGUGGACCCUGCAAUGUCACUCUGAUAAACACGAAGAUCAACCACACCCUAAUCGCAGAACCGUUCGAGAAAAAGGGACGGACCUACUGGUCGUUCAAAGACUACACAGUCACCUUGAGACCAGAACGAGUCAUCUUCAAAUUCGACAACCUUUUCGAUGGUGAUUCCAGGCUAGGCGACGAAAUCAACAAGGUUCUCAACGACAACUGGGACGAGGUGUUCACAGAUGUCAGGGAAGGAUACGAGAAAAGCUUCGGGCUUAUCUUCCACGGUCUGGCCAACAGGGUCUUUACACGAGUGGCUCUUAGCGAUAUUUUCUUGGAAUAAAUACUGUGGAAUAGAUGUAGAAAUUGUAGCGUAUUCAAAUUAGUUGAUAUAACUCUGUUUCUUUUUUCUUAAAUUUAAAAAUAUGUCGUUUCUAGAACUAAUUGUAAGUGUCCCGAAAAAAAAAAACAGGAAUUACGUAUAUACUGUACAUAACUUGAUAUUGUUCCAGCAGCUGAGUCGAAUUUGUACUUGAAUUAUACUAGAACUGAAUACUUCCUCUAAAAAAAAAUAGUUUCAAUGAAACUAUUAAGUACAGUUUUAAAAUAAUUGGCCAAAGACUUAUAUACCGCGUCCACUUUUGAUACAAUUUUUUAUUUUUUUUUACGCAACGUACUCCGAACUUCAAAAUUAUCUCUAACACACGAGGUGUUCCAUUCGAGGAUUAGGACAAUCCAUGGCGUGGAAAAACAUUAUUGUGUAAAUUAAACAUCUUAUAAACAUAAACUAGAGAUUAUUGUUAUAUUCUGUAAAGAGUAUGGGAUGUAGUAUUGAAUAAAUAGUAAAGAGCAA